GCCCUAAGCCACACGUGCCAGGAACCCACCUCACUCCACACGCCUCACCCCGACACGAAUCCCGACGCCAGCCCAUGGCCAAAUUCAGGAAUCUACCACCUACCAACGAAUCAGAAUCGUCCACGUGUCAUCCCAAAAUGAUAUAACCUACACGCGGACUACCAUUCACCUGAACCUCUUUCAACCUCUCUUUGGCCGCCUUCUCUGUUUCUAUUUCCAAUUUCGAAAUCACACAGGAUUCUUCUUUCUUUAGACUCUCUCUUCUCCUCUCCUCUCCUCCCCCUCUCUUUUCAUAAAAAUCAAAACUCGUUUUUCAUUGGGUUUUCUUCUUUCAAUCCAAAACCUACUUCAAAAAAAGAAAAAACCCAAAAAGGAGAGAAAAACAUCUAGAAAAAGCCCCAAAGUCUUUUAAAAAUAUAAAGACUCCAACGCAUCCUUCGUUCUAGACGUACCUCCAGAACAAGAAAAGAUAAACCCAAGAGAGAAGAUCCCAACUAAAAAGAAAGUGGGCCAUUGAAUCAUCAAAAGACCAAGAGACCCAUAUCAAUUUCUUUAUAAGUUUGAGGAUUCUAACCUGUUCUAUGUUCUAAAUCCACUCCCAAAGGAAGGAAAAAAAGCUCAAGAUAGAAGAAAUUCUCCUUAAAAAGAAAGCGGGCUAAUGAAAUUGGAGACUACCAUACAUCUUCAAUUUUGAAGUGUUCAAUCGAAAGAGAUUUACAGAAGAGAAUGAGAAGAGCCAUCGACAGCCUGACAUAUUGGUUCUCUGAGCACCCAUCAAUCAUCGGAUUCCGUUGGAGCGCCAGCCAAUCAUGGGGCUCCACGUGGUCAUUUCUCUUCAGCUCAAUCUCAACUUAUGUCAUUCUCUCUCUCUUCCUCCACCUCACCUUAGUACUCUUCAACCGCCGCCGCCCGGUCCCACUAGGACCAAUCCCCGCCGUCCACAGCCUCAUAAUGGCCUUGAUAUCAGUAACCAUCUUCGCCGGAACCCUCAUCUCCACCAUCGCCGAAAUCCGUGACACCCGUUGGAUAUGGAGCCGAUCCAAGACUCCCCUCCAAUGGCUACUCUGUUUCCCGCUCGGUACUCGGCCGACAGGCCGCGUUUUCUUCUGGUCGUACAUGUUCUACCUCUCUCGAUUCAUCCACGUCCUCCGGACCUUCUUCUCAAUCCUCCGCCGUCGAAAACUGACCUUUUUUCGAGUAUUCCACCACUCGAUCUUGAUAUGUAUGUCGUUCUUGUGGCUUGAAUUCUCCCAAUCGUUUCAGGUGAUGGCGAUUCUAUUAACGACGUUUGUACACUCGAUCGUGUAUGGGUACCGAUUCUGGGUGGCAAUCGGACUGCCAGCUGCGUGCUUUCCGUUUGUGGCGCAUUGCCAGAUUCUGCUACUUGGGUGUAAUCUGGUAUGCCAUGUAGGGGUUCUUAAGCUGCAUUUUUCAAAGGGUGGGUGUAAUGGCAUUGGAGCUUGGGUUUUUAAUUCAGUGAUGAAUGGUGCAUUGCUGCUAUUGUUCUUGAAUUUCUAUGUGAACAUGCAUUUGAAGAAGAGGCGUGUCAUGGAUGGUGAUUCUUCAAGUCAUUCAAGGUCUGAUGUGAUAGAUGGGAAGAAAGACACAUAGGGUUUUUUGGGUUUUUCUUUUUUUCUUUUUUUUUUUUUCUUUUUGUUCUUUUACUCCCAGUUGUAGUUUUUUAUGUUUUUUUUUUUUUUUUGGUAGAUUUUAAGUGGGUGAAGAAAAAUCAAAAUUCCCCUUUUUGUAUAGACUGUCAAGGAAAUACAUACUUUUGUGAUUUUAUUU